AUGCCACGGCAUGCCCUUCACCGCUGGCUCGCACUCCGCUCCUCUCAUGGGGACUUCUCCUGGUACCACAGGCGUUUCCAGCAUGCAGAUGCGAGGCUCACCUGUGUUUGUGGACACAACAAGAGCCCAGAACAUUUGGUGCUCUGUCGACACUCACAGAGGCACUUUCUUCACUGGCCCAAGAGGCCAGCAGCACGGCCACACAACCGGGCGACAGCUGUUGCCUAUCUAGGGUCUCUGACCCCUACAGACUUUGUAGAACUGCUGGACUGCACGCAGUUCUACACACGGUACUGCACAAGGCACGGCAGCGGCGGUCCCCUCAGGGAACCACACUAUAGCCCCACCAUGAAUGGCCAUACGUCGGGCCAGAAUGGAAGUAAAGACUACAUUGAAGAAGAUGAGAUCAAUCACAUGAUCUGCUGCAUGAAUUGGAACCCCUAUCUCUCCCACAAAGUCCAUCCCAUGUUCACUGGCCCAUUGGACAAGCUCCCCGCCCCGGUGCAGAUUCACUGCCCCUGGUUCAAAGGCAUCAUGCUGUACAUUGAUAUCCCCACCUAUCAGACAGCGGGCUGGUGGGCUCAGAUUGACUGA